UCAGUUCCGUUUGGUCCUGUUUUGGUUCUGUGUUGGAUCCCUGAGCUGAUGCUGUGGCAGCAAAGAUCUCUCCAAACUCCGAAAUGUGACUAAAUCAAGUCGGACUGCUGUUACGGACAGAUAGACUUGGACUUUUUUUCUUAUGCUCAGGGCGGACUACCAGGUGCAGAACUCUGACCUGUAGCUUACAGUUGUGAAGAUGAAAACCAAGAGGGAGGACAUGGUUUUUCAGGCUCUCCUCCUGAUCCACAUCCCCGUGGCCUGCUUCUUCACUGCAGUGUCGUGUCAGGCUGAGAGCAGCAGCAGCAGCGUGAUGGUGGCAGGUUAUAACGUGAGCGCCCGUGCUGGGUCGAAGCUGGUGCUGCAGUGUGUGAGCAGCCGCAUGGUGUGGACCAGGGACAGGGUGAGAGACAGGCAGAGGGUGGUCCACUGGGAUAUGUACCGGGCUUAUCCGGACUACGCCAUGGAGAGGGUGACGGACAUGUUCUCGGCAGGAGAACAGAGGAUGUACAACUCCUACAAUCUGGGCAGGGUCAGUCUCAGCCCGAAGGCCUUCAAGGACGGAAACUUCUCCCUGGUCAUCAAAGAUGUCACGAUGAAUGACAGAGGUCUGUACUCUUGCAACCUCCACCAUCUCUACUGCAACCUCUACGAGACAAUCAGAGUCCAACUCAAUGUCACUAAGUCACGCCGUAAAGAACAGCGCUACUGGGACGGGCAAAAGGCCGUGUAUGUGGUGCUGCUCGGGAGCACCGUGGUGCUGCCGUGCAUCAACCGGCGCACAGUGUGGACAGACUGGAGCAACGAGGAGGGAGACCAGCAGGUGGUUCACUGGGACCGUCAGGCACCAGGAGUUCCCCACGAUCGUGCUGACCGGCUCGUGGACCUGUACGCCUCUGGGGAGCAGCGGAGCUAUGGACCACUGUUCCUUCAGAGGAAGAUGAACAUCAGCAAUCAAGCCUUCUCCGAGGGAGACUUCUCACUCACCAUAUCAGAUCUGCAGCCAACAGACCAGGGGCUGUAUUCCUGCCACCUCCACCAUCAUUACUGCGGUCUCCAUGAGAGGAGAGUGUUUCAGGUCACAGUUGAGCCUUCACUGGUUCAGACCACCAUGCAGGCUAAAGCACUACCCAGUGAAGACAAAGACACAGCUAAGGCUGAGUCACCGCAAGUCAUCACAGUCAUCCUGCCUGAGCAGAGACACUACUUUCUCCAGCCUCUGGGCUACGUCCUCGCCUUCUUCCUGCUCCUGGCAUUCAUUGUCCUCAUCAUCAUCCUCAUCGUACGAUGGCGUACGACCAAAGAAAUGUAUCGUCAGUCAUAUAUGGGGUCCAGCAGAAGUCAGAGCUGCUCAGAUGAGUUUGAGAUGGAUGUUACUGAGGUGAAUGCAUGCAGUCAGGAGGAGAGAAGAUUUGACUACAAGAACAACCUGCUGAAAGAAAAAGUCCACGUGAAAACUCAACCUAAAGUCAUUGAUCUUGACAAAGAGAUGCAGAAGUUCUCUAAGUGAAAUGAAAGAAGUGGAAUUGGAGUCACUGGCUGGUCCAGAGGCUGCGCUUCAAACCAAACAGCUCCAUACUACCUUCUGUCCUGGCAGGAGAGAUGCUGCAGAGAGAAACUGCCAAAAUCUGUGUUGUGAAAUUCAGAAGAAAAAACUGUAAAAACAGUUCACACUGAGUUGCCAAACUGUGGGUAUUAGAUAUAUACAGUGCUGUGGGAAAGUAUUUACCCCUUCCUGAUUUCUCAAGGUUUUUUUUUUUUUUGCAUAUUUGCAUAGAAAUGUUCAAAAUUAUAAAACAAAUUUUAAUUUUAGACAAAGAUA